AUGUACACCUUACGACGCUUCACGUGUACAGGCCGCAUUAGCCUGAUGCAUGUAUACAAGCUUCCGCCCCUGCCGACGUACGGCAGCUGCUGUUGCAGCUUUGCCCCGAGUCGUACCCGGUCCAGCUCCACGCGCUCGCAGAUCAUUCUGCUCACACGUGCCAUUCAGAGUACCGUCCGGGACGUCGUUGAUCACGUCCGGCGCGUCUCGCUGUAG